GCCGCUGACGCACAUAGCAACAACUUCUAAGAUCUACGGUACAACAACAGAGUAAGAAGAUGUCGAGGAUAGAGGAAAAUUAGACAAUUUCUCAACACGUCAAUAAAUCGCAAAUGUGGGAAAAAUGGCGGCUGAUCUAGCAAGCCAUAGGCCGGGAGGGGAUGCCCUGAAAUCUGUUGCUGAUGGCAAAAAUUUGGAGAUGAAACAUUCUGAUUAUGAUCAAUGGCAGAGGAAAGGAAGGAGCCGAAUUGGUACGAGGGGUGAGGUGUCAUCAGGAGGAGGAGGGGCUUCAAGCCGACCUGAGUCCAUACUGGAUUUCUCCAAACUUCCAAUCCAAAUCAAGUCAACUCCGAAGUUCAACGUGGGUCCCGCUUGCAACCAUAAACAUGGCAGAGCUAAAAGCGCAACUCAUGAUGCUGAAGCAGAGAGACAGGCCAGGGAAAGACAAAAAGAAAUCAAUGUUCUGUCACUCCUCAUAAUGGCCAGACGGAAAGCUUUAGAGAGCUACAAACUAAGAGAAGAAACACUAUUGAUUGAAAAUUCAAAGAUGAGAUUAGAAAUAGAAAGCAGUGAGCAGGAUGUGCAUAAAGAAGUCAAGAAUCUGCUUCAAAAAUAUGAGAGAUAUCGGGGAGCCGUGUCAACGUUAACAACAAAGUUUGAAUCUCAUAAGGACAUAGCAAACGCUGAACUCAAGCAGACUCAGGAAAAGAUUGAUAAAGAUCUCCAAGGCCUGCAGGAGCAAGUGGACGCUGCAGAAAGCCUGUUGAACGAGACUAAGAAAGAGCUGGCGACCUUGACAAGUUACAAGGACAAGGAGUAUCCGGUCCGAGCUAUGCGUAUCAGAGAACUACACAAGCAGAUCAAAUACCUUGCCAAAGAAUUCAAGGCUGAGCAAGAUGAGCUCGAGAGGAUAAUCAACGUCGAGACCUCCAAGUACACCACACGGAGAGACGAUAGGCUGAGAGAAAUCCAAUCCCAGGCAACAGACUUUGCUCAAGAUCUCAUGCAGGAAGGUGUCAAGGAUAUGGCCAUACACAACAUCACCAUGAAGAAGGAAAUUGAGGGCCACAUAGUGGAGAAUAAAGAACUAGAAAUCAUAAUUGAGCAGCUAACAGAAGAAGUCAAGGCGUUAAGUACAGAUCCUAAAUGUGAUGUCAGAAAACAGAUGUUUCCUCAUCUUUACAAAGAAGUACAAAAGUGCACCCCUGACAUGGACGUUGAACUGGACAUUCCUCGGCACGACUGGCUUCCGAUAUGAUUGCCUUGUCAUAGUUCCUACAAUGACCCACUGAUCUCUCUGGCUCCUGUUCCAAUCUCUUGAGAUCUGUCAUCAUUGAACUGUGAGGGCGCACUUUGACCAUCGGGCCACGUUAAAGUGAUUGGUUAACAUUGGUUUGACUUUUAAAAAAUCUGAGCUAGAAGGUCACACUUGUCACCUGUGUCUGUGAUAUGUUACAAAAAUGAAGCCCAGAAAAAAAUUGCGUUCGAAAAUCAUUAUUUAGUGCUUCAAAAAUUGAAAUAUAAAGUAACCGAAAACACCAUCUUAAUUUCAUCCCAUACACUUAUGUGUACUAUUUAGGUGUCUAUUAGACGCCUAUUUACAAAAUCGGGGUUUGCCUUGUAGUUUUAGCUUUUCAUUCUCAAUAAUGGUUGUUUUCAGGGUUUAUUAGUUCAAAUACAUGCACUUGUACACAUGUUUCAUCUUGGUUUGGGAAUUUUUUAAAUCGGCUGCUCACAAAGUUAAACAAUACCUUUAAAAUGCAUGAUUGAUCCAAUGUGCCUGGUCUUGACAAUCCCUCGGGUGUGAUUUGCACCAUGAUGGGACUCUCUAGUGUCCAAGUUGAGCUUAAAUUACAAUGACAAUGACUACUUGUACCAAGAGGUCUAAAUGUCAGUCUUUAAGUAUGACAGAUGAUCCAUGCAUUAUUAGUGGAUUUUGUUUCAUAGCGUAACAAUAUUCCAAUUUUCUGUAUUCUGUUGUGUUGAUCGGUCAAUUUUCUUCCAUCCAGAGAACUUCUAUGUGAAAAAAAUUACUGUUUUCCUUUGCUAGCAUUAUGUGUUACGUUAGCAUGAUUUAACUGCAGCAUUGUUCAUAAAGUAAUAUAUAAUUUUUUACUUGCGAAUGUGUAAAAGUCGCAGGACAUUUUUUUUUAAUUUCAACUUAAGUGCUACAGAUUUAAUGUAUAUGAAUGCUUAUUAAUUCCAUGCACGUUUCUUUUGUUUUGUUUAUUUUUUUUAAUCACUUAAACAAUAAAAUAGCAAUAUCUAAAUAGUACUAUUCAAUAUUUUGUAGUACAGAUACAUGCAGAGCCAUUCUAGUAGAAGUCUUGCUCAUAUUUUGAGUGCCUCAUACUACAAGCUUGAAUAAUCCACAGGGAGUGGGAAAUGGGGAUUCAAUUUGUAAUAAAGAAAUUUACAUUCAUUCACAAAAUUUCUUGAUUUCUAUUUCUAAUUGGUGCUUUUGUUUUUAGGUCACCGGUGGUCUGCGUCUGUACAUUAUUGAAAAGUUUCAUUACAAUAAUAUAAUUUUUGUAAAGCCAUUCUAGUAGAAGUCACGCUCAUAUUUUGAGUGCCUCAUACUACAAGCUUGAAUACUUCACAGGGAGUGGGAAAUGUGUUUUUAUUUUAUGUGAGCAAGACUGAUUGCAUCCUAUGACCUGGGUAAUAAUAAUCUUUGUGUGGCGAGGGCUUGUUUGUUUUUUUAAGUCUGGUUUAACUUAGACCAGUCUUCUUCUGUGCUAAAAUUAAUGGCAGGCAGAAAAUGUAAUUUUGUUUACAUUGUAUGUUUCUUAUAAAGGCAAUUGCUUUAGAUAUUUUUUUUUCUAGAUGGUUAUGAAUGAAUUGGCCACCAGAUAUACAGUACUGCCAAAUUGAAUCUUUACUGAUAGAGAUUAGUGUCACAAUCAAAAUUUAAACCACAACUUGAGAGCAGAGUUUUAACUCAACCCUAUCUGGCCAGAGGGGGAGAGGGGGGGGGGGGGGGUCUAAAAAUAUGAAAUAUUUCAGACCGAAUUUGGAAUAUUGGUUCCAAGUAUGGGCAUAUGUCUCACUCAACCCUAUCAGAGGCCAGUUGCAGAAAGAGUUGCAAUCAAUUGCAACUCUAAAAAUCAUGCGCAAGUUGAUUUUCAACCAAUCAACAGCACGCAUUUGGGACUUGCGCUUGAUUUUUUGACUUUCGUUUAAACGCAACUCUUUCUGCAACGGACCCCUGGUCGGGAGGGGGGGGGUCUAAAAAUAUCAUAUUUUGAGACCAAAUUUGGAAUUUUGGACACCCAGGUAAAAAAAGAAUUCUUGGAUUACUUUCAGAUUUAAUGAGGGUUAUGUUGAUAUUUAUAUGGUUUUAAUGUAGAUUUGAAAGCACUUAAAGGUGAUGUUAAUUGAGUAGCUGGAACAGAGACUACAGAAGCUUCUCUGUGCAUGCUUUAUUAUUACUAAGCUUCCAUUCACUUGUGCGUCAUAAGUUGAAUAGUGCACUUUAAAAAGAUUCAUUGUCUGUAUUCUGCUCUAUUUUCAAAUUUUGUUCUACCAAAUAUCUAAAUGAAUUGAUUUGAUCUUUCAGUAGUAUUGGUAUCAAAUUGCACAACAUGUUAGCUCUUAUUUAGAUUUUGAAGUUGAAAUCCAUUUACAUUUAUAUCAGGAUUUAUUCUCAUAGAAUGCUUUACAUAUAACAUUUUAUUUCUAGAAUAGCAUAAAACCACAAUGUUGAUUAAAAAAUAAUUAUUUCUAAAUAGUUUUGAUGCACCGAAAGUGAUUUAUCCUAUUAAUGAAUUAAUGACGUAAAUUCUUUCACUGCAAAGUCCACUGUAGAUCCAUUUUGCUGACAACUUGAAUUUUGCCAAAUUUAAUGUCAGAUGUAACAUCUCUGCUUCAACGAGUCUUUCAGCAUGAUAUAUGUCUUACCACAUUGAAAAUAUUGAUUCUUGCAGCUAUAGCUCUAUUUUGUACCAAUACUCUAUCAUUUUUCUAAGUAUGAACAAUUUAUUGUGAUGCAUCUUGCUGCUCAUUUCCUUAUUCCAUCCAUUUCCAUUGACCAAGUUUCAUGGUCUAAAUAACAGGGAUAUUGAAUUCCUGUUGAUUUUUUUUGUACAAAAAUGUAUAGAGAUAAACCAAUUUAUUUAUUGUACAGUAUGUACAUGUACCAUUAAUAUUAGUGCAUUGCACUUGCUAUUAAACAUGAGAAAUAAUGAAGUUCA